AUGGAAGAGAACGAAGGUGUUCAAAAUGCCGACGCCGGUGGUGAGUGCGAGAAGAACGAAGAUGAAGACGAUUUCUCUUUCACCUGCACUAACUCCGACAGAUUGCUGAUUUUCACCGACUACAUAUUCCAAAAUUACCAGAUCCAUUUGGUGUUCCCGAUUUUCAACCCAGGUCACUUGUUCGCUGACGCCGACGAAGCUUUUGGUUUCUCUUUUGAGCACUUGUCCUCAAGAGGCUUAAAAGGGGAGAUAGUUGCUUCUAUAUCCAAUCUCACAAUGAUACAGUCUUUGGAUCUAUCAAACAACAACUUAACAGGACCAAUUCCAAAAAUUUUGUAUGAAUUCCAGAAUUUGAUUGUCCUAAACUUGGAGAAAAACAAGUUCACAGGCUCGGGUCUGGUAGGACUGAUUGAAAGAAAGAAUAAUGGUUUUCUAUCACUAAGAUUUGAGAGUAUAAUUGACAAGAGCAAGCUUGAUGGUCAGCCAGAGCUCUUUAUCCCUGAGAAAAACAACAAUACCUUGACUAUUAUUGAUAGUGGUAUUGGAAUGAUCAAAGCUGAUUCUCAGUGA